AUGGUGGAGCGUUUGGCGCUGGCAUUCACGGCGAAAGUAACAAGUAAAGGGACUAAAGACGUUUUUUUUUUUUUUCCCAACAGCAGACGGCGUUUCGUUAUCAGCGGAAAGACACCCUAUUCAAAUCACCAUUACAUCUAUCUAUCUAUCUAUCUAUCUAUCUAUCUAUCUAUCUAUCUCAAAUUGUUGAAAUCACCAUUGCAUUUAUCUCAGCCUAUUCAAAUCACCAAUCUAUCUAUCUAUCUAUCUAUCUAUCUAUCUAUCUAUCUAUCUAUCUAUCUAUCUAUCUAUCUAUCUAUCUAUCUCAGCAUAUUCAUAAUUAUCUUUGUCUAUUCAGAUCUAUCUAUCUAUCUAUCUAUCUAUCUAUCUAUCUAUCUAUCUAUCUAUCUAUCUCAAAUUGUUGAAAUCACCAUUGCAUUUAUCUCGGCCUAUUCAAAUCACAAAUCUAUCUAUCUAUCUAUCUAUCUAUCUAUCUAUCUAUCUAUCUAUCUAUCUAUCUAUCUAUCUAUCUCAGCAUAUUCUUAUUUAUCCAACUUUGUCUAUUCCGAUCUAUCUAUCUAUCUAUCUUGUUUUUAUUACCUGAGAAAAAUACGAUUAAUCAUUUUAUACAAUCACACAUACACGCUAUCUAUCUAUCUAUCUAUCUAUCUAUCUAUCUAUCUAUCUAUCUAUCUAUCUAUCAUAGUCUGUUCAUAUAUGCCUGUCUAUCUCAGUCUGUUCUUAUCUAUCUAUCUAUCUAUCUAUCUAUCUAUCUAUCUAUCUACCCUCAUUAAUAAACGGUUCCUAUUUGUUAUCUAUCGAUCUAUCUAUCUAUCUAUUAUCCUGUUCACAUCUAUGCCACUCUUUUUCUAUCUAUCUAUCUAUCUAUCUAUCUAUCUAUCUAUCUAUCUAUCUAUCUAUCUAUCUAUCUAUCUAUCUAUCUUUUUGCCUGUUCACAUCUAUCCAUGUCACUCUUUUUCUAUCUAUCUAUCUAUCUAUCUAUCUAUCUAUCUAUCUAUCUAUCUAUCUAUCUAUCUAUCUAUCUCAGUAUUUUCAUUAUCUAUCUAUCUAUCUCAGUAUUUUCAUUAUCUAUCUAACCCGUAUUUUCAUUAUCUAUCUAUCUAUCUAUCUAUCUAUCUAUCUAUCUAUCUAUCUAUCUAUUUGAUACAUAAUCUCAGCGAGUUCAUUAUAUCUAUCUCUAUCUUUUUGUCCAUCUACGUUUGUAUCUCUGUGUGA